GAAGGCGUGGUCGUCCCCAGCUCUCUGAAAGGUGUGGUGAUUUUGGUCGCACUGUGAAAUUUUCCUCUAGCAAUCCAAUCUUUUCACUCGAGCAAGAGAACACGUGGACUUUACUAACUUUUACCACAUUUACAGUUAAAGACCUUUCUCUGCAACCACAAGUAUGUCUGUUUGGGAUGACCUGGAUCUGCUCUUGGACAAUCCCUCCUCACUGACUGUGACAUCUAAUACAAGAGGAACUAUAAAGGAAAAGGCAGGUUUCAAAGUGGAAGAAGACGUGUCUGCGCUGAAGAAUGCCAUUGAGGGUCUUGGUACAACAGAAAAGACACUCGUCGACGUGCUGACCCAAAGAAGUAAUGCUCAGCGUCAGCUCAUCGCCAAGGCCUAUGAGAAAGCCACAGGCAGGACAUUAGUAGGCGACCUGGAGGGUGAUACUCAUGGAGACUUUGAGGACUUGCUGGUUGCCUUGAUAACACCUCCUGCUCUCUAUGACUGUCAUGAAGUCACUGGAGCAAUAAAGGGUUCCGGCACCACUGAGAGUACACUCACAGAAAUCUUUGCUUCGAGAUCCAACAGGCAGAUCAAAGCCAUGUCUGAAGCAUACCUGGAAGAGACUGGAAGAUUGAUGAUUCAUGAUCUGAAGAGUGACGUAGCUGGUGAUUAUGGCAAAGCGCUCCUGACCUUGGCUGAGGGGAAGAGAGAUGAGACCACCAGUGUGGAUGCUGCCAAAGCUAAAGCAGAUGCUAAGGCGUUGUAUGAAGCAGGAGAGAAGAAGUGGGGGACAGAUGAAGACAAGUUUAUUGACAUCCUCUGCACCAGGAGUGUUCCUCAGCUCGGCCAAACUCUGGUGGAGUACAAGAAUAUCAGUAAGACAACUCUGCAGGAAAGCAUUGAGAGUGAGAUGUCUGGAGAUCUGGAGAAACUCCUCGUGGCUGUUGUCAAGUGUGUGAAGAGCGUUCCUGCAUACUUCGCGGAGAGGCUUUUCAAGAGCAUGAAGGGUGCAGGGACCACGGAGUCAACGCUGACCAGGAUACUCGUCAAUCGCUCUGAAAUUGAUUUGUUGGACAUCAGAGCAGAAUACAAAAAGAUGUUUGGAUGUUCCCUCUACUCCCACCUGGAGGCCGAGGUGUCUGGUAGCUAUGGUGACGCCCUGAAGCAGCUGUGUGGCCAAGAGGACUAAUUCCCGCGUUGUGACGUUCAGCUUUUCACCAAAGAAGAUGGAACAGGCUAGCUGCCAUCCAUCCCAAUAAUAAUAAUAAAUUGAUUUAAAUACUGAUGCCUUAUAAUGUGAAAUUCCAGUAAUAUACAGUAGCUUUUGUGUUCAAAAUGUUGUUUUUACAACCUGUAAAACAUCCAUUAAAAAUAUGCAUAUCAAACUUUGAUAAAAAAAAAUGCAUUUUACUUGGUGUGAAUAAAAACUCAAUGACAUCACAGCAUUGAUAUAAAAAUAUUUUAUUUAAUAGUUUUGUUAAUAUUGCUGUAUCCAACUCCAACACAGGUCAUCAGUAUUUUGUCUCCACCCUUCCUCUCAUCUUCUAAAGGCUUCUGGAUCUCAAUGUUGAACAUAACUUGGAAGGCAUCUCUGAUGUGUCUGAGGAAUGCAGUCCUGGAGAGAGAUGGGAGAUGGUUUUAUUUUUAUGCAUGCUUUUUUUUUUGCGUAUAAUCUUGCUUUGUGUUUCAAGUAUCACAAUCCUAAAACCGAUAUGCAACAUAUUACACCCAAAUAAAAUCAUGGAGCCCCACAGCA